UCGUGGGCCCCAGAAGAGGGAGAGAAAAGGCGUUUCGAGAGCAGGAAGAUCAGGCGCUUUGUGGGGCGAAGUGAAAGGACCGGCAGAGCCCAGCCGGGCUGAGCACCAGCAGCGGCUGCUCUUGGGAACGAGCUGCAGCUCUGGGACAACGUUGCUCUUUUGGGCCGUCCGUCAUCAUGCAAUGCUCCUGCCACCCUCGCAUAUGGGGCAAACCUCUCCGAUCGGCGUGAUUGCGAAGGCAGCACAAGGGGCCUCCACCAGCAAGCCGCUGGCAGCUGCAAGAGAGUCCUGGUGGGCACGACAAAGCUCCUCCUAACUUGGCCAAGGGAUGGCACAAUGCACUAAGUUACCAUAAGGAUCCAGGUAUACCCUAAAAUAAAGGCAUCCAUAUGGUGCAUGGCUGAGAAACUGGACUGAUGUUUUCCUUCCUGUUACGAGCCGGUCGAGCUAAAAAGCUGCCUGCAAAGCCCAGUGGGCUUUGUCUUUCGAGCACCAAGGAGGAUCUUGCAUCCCUAUAACGAUACAUGAGGAGAAGAGCGAGUCCCUGUUGUUUCCCUGCCCUCCCCAAAGCAGCAGCGUCAGAUUUUAGCACUUUGCUGCCUGUUUGUUCUGGGGCUUGACAAUGAUGCCCACCAGUGGGAGAAACGGAGCUUGGAGUUUCAGCCUGCUGGUCCAAAGAAGGUCUGGAAGGACGGCAGCCUGUGCAACAAGGAGGGAUCUGGUUUUCAAAAUGGAAUUGCAGCUCGCGCUCCUUUUCGCCGGGAUAAUUGCGUUUUCUGACUCGGCAAGAGGCCCACCGAGGAUUGCCGAUAAAGUGAUCCACCGCCAGUCUGUGAGGCUAGGCAGGACCAUCAAGCUCCUGUGUCCAGUGGAAGGCGACCCACCACCUCUCACCAUGUGGAUGAAGGAUGGACGGACUAUCCACAGCGGCUGGACGAGGUUCCGAAUCCUUCAGCAAGGGCUGAAAAUCAAGGAGGUGGAAAGCGAAGAUGCGGGAACGUACAUUUGCAAGGCCACCAAUGGCUUUGGCAGCACCAACGUCAACUACACCCUCAUUGUGAUUGAUGAUGCCAGCUCAGGAAAGGACAGCCAGGUACCUGAAGGUGCCAAUGGAGAAUAUGAAGAUCACUCUGGGAAGCAGUGGGCCCGGCCCAGGUUCACGCAGCCUGCCAAGAUGAGACGAAGAGUGAUCGCCCGUCCCGUCGGGAGCUCCAUCCGCCUGAAGUGUGUGGCCAGUGGGAACCCCCGGCCUGACAUCACGUGGCUAAAGGACAAUAAGCCCCUCACGCCCCAAGAGAUUGGGGAGAACAAGAAGAAGAAGUGGACGCUGAACCUGAAGAACCUAAAGCCGGAGGAUAGUGGCAAAUACACUUGCCGAGUGUUUAACAGAGUCGGAGAAAUCAAUGCAACAUACAAAGUUGAAGUAAUCCAGAGGACGAGGUCCAAGCCCAUCCUGACAGGAACGCACCCUGUCAACACAACGGUAGACUACGGCGGGACCACGUCCUUCCAGUGCAAAGUCCGCAGCGAUGUCAAACCUGUCAUCCAGUGGCUGAAGAGGGUAGAGUAUGGCACGGAGAGCAAGUACAACUCCACCAUUGACGUCGGGGGACAGAAGUUUGUUGUGCUGCCCACGGGGGAGGUCUGGUCCCGUCCUGAUGGUUCUUACCUGAACAAACUGAUGAUUACUCGAGCCAAGGAAGAGGACGCAGGAAUGUACAUUUGCCUGGGUGCGAACACCAUGGGCUACAGCUUUCGCAGUGCUUUUCUCACAGUCCUGCCAGAUCCCAAGCCGCCGAGCGCACCUGUGCCCCCGUCUUCGGCCAGCAGCCUGCCCUGGCCCGUGAUCAUUGGCAUCCCGGCCGGAGCCGUCUUCAUCUUCGGGACGAUCCUCCUGUGGCUUUGCCAGACCAAGAAGAAGCCCUGCUCCCCGCCGGCCGCUGCCCCCGUGCACCGGCCGCAGCCGCGAGACCGGAUCUGCGUCUCCCAGGUGCCCGACAAGGACUGCAUCUCCUCCAUCAACUACGAGGAGUACGUCGCCCAGCAGCAGCAUCUGCUGUCCCAGGGGCCUGCCCUCGCCCCGGCCAUGGCGUCCAAAAUGUACCCAAAGAUUUACACGGACAUCCAUACCCACACCCACUCGCACGUGGAAGGCAAAGUCCAUCAGCACCAGCACAUUCAGUACCAAUGUUAAGAGCGCGCCCGCGGACGGUAGCUCGCUUUGGGCUUUUCCUCAUGGUACCUCAGAAGAGACUGCUCCGAGUCAGCUCACACUGCCAGCAAUAGGCAAAGCAGCCAGAAAAGAUUAUAUAUAUAUAAUUUUAAAAAUAUAUAUACAUAUAUAUAUAAUUGUAUAUGCGUGUGUGUAUGUGUGUAUAUAUAUAUGUGUAUAUAUCUAUAUCUAUCUAUAUAAAUAUAUAUAUAAUAGAGACAGAGAGAGAAAAGAGAUUUUUUUUUUAAUUAUCGCAAUCAGGAUGUAGCCGACGAAUAAUGAAGGAGCUCCAAAUCUCAGCAGAGAGGCGGCCACCGCAAACGGCGCAGCCUUCUUGCAUUUUCUAAUCCAGGUGGCAGCAAGUAAGACAGGACGCAGUGACGUGAGCCAUCACCUCCUUCCUUGUGUUGCUAAGAGCAAUAGGAAAGAUAAGAGGAGAGCAGAGCGCUUUUCCAGGUGGGCACUGCAGUUCCUGCGCCUGCUGAACAUCAGGAGCCCCCCAGAACAUCACUCGUUUUGGUGGGAGGUCACCAGCCCUCUCGCCCUCGGGAGCACGCAGGGGAGCCUUUUCCUUCAGAGUGACUCAAGCCUUAAAGUACCUGAGGUUUAGUGCCGAAGCACCAGGAGACGCCAUCAAUUCACCUCUUCGGGGGAAAAAAAGUAGCACAAGAGGUUCUGGAAAAAGUAAUUUCCAUUCAAGACGUGAAAUGGCAAGUGCUUCGCAAGAGCAGUUCGUUGCGUCUGAAAUGAUAACCGAGCCGGUUCGUCCAAUUUCUGCAAGUCGAAGGUGUCGUGUUUUCGGCAUGGAGGGGUCUGAAGAUCAAAAUGCAAGUGCUGUGCCCCCCCAGGCCUGAGACUCAGUGCCACUGCCAGGAGAAAGGAAGGAUGGGAAGAAGAACAUUGUACAGAACACCUUUAUAUUUAUAUUUAAGAAAUAAUAAUAAUUAAUAAUAAUAAUUGAACUGCUGAUGGUCAAGAAAGUGAAACACGCUGUCCUUCUCUGAUGGCUUAUGGUGACAAGCUACUGGAUCUUUUUUUGUGUCAAUGCAAAAUACGUGAAAACGUUAGAUAACAGAAAAAGAGAAAAUGAGAAAGUAAAAUAAUAAUCUUGUAGGAAAAAAUGAAUUUGAUAAAUAUGCACCAAGCUUGUGUGUGGUUCCUCCCCUCCCUUCAGAUAACAUUUGAAAAUGAUACCAUUUCAUUUCAGUUCAAACACCAAUAAAAACAAAAAGAGAAGAUUAAAAAAAGGACCAUAUUAAAUACCUAAAUGGACUGGAAAUGAAUCCAAUUGCAAAUAUAAAACCUUUGUAAUUCUAUAUAGAGUUUAAACAGAAGUCAUGUAUAUUUAAUUUAUUUUGUUAAACAAGAAAAAAAUGUAUGAUAUUUUCCUCAAAACAGGCAUUUCUAUACGUAUUUUUGAUCAAAGAAAAUAAAGAUUUCUUUUUUUUUCAGGUUCUAUAGAUGCCGUGCUCAGCAUACGCUCCAUGUAGCAUGUAGCUGUUUAGCUUAACCUAGGAGUCAGCUAUCGGUAUGCCUUUUCACGCUAGCCACGUGCAAUCCCCUGACAUCAGCGCAGCUCCCGCCGGUGCCACCCUUUCCAUUAGAAACUGGCCUUUUCCGCUGGUUAUAUUCAGGUUGUGAGGGUUUGUGCUGGCCGGAUCCCGGCUCACGGAUCCCGUGUUGUCCCUCUCCGGUAGCAAAGGUCUCCGCUCACAGCGAAAUCUGUUUCACUGUGCGUUGAGGGGGGAAAAAGAGGUUGGGUUUGGGUCCUAACCACAAACCUGUGUUGGGCUUUCUUGCAAAAAAGAAAGUUUCUUAACUCAAAACAUUAGAAUUUGUGAGCCUGUAAAGCAAGCUGCAGCCUCAGGGGGCUUGGGAGGGCCAAACGUAACGUGUAGGUGAAUCAUUUCAGGGGAGGAAGAAGAAGAAGGAAGGAAAAAAAAAAAAGCUGAAAAAUUUCAACCAUGCCAGUUUUUCAAUUUGAAAGUGCUUCCUCCUCAAUGCUGCUCUGCGAAAGGGAGGUCACAAACAAACUAGCUGCUCAGAUUUGAAGUGAAACAUUUCAUUUGACCUGAAACGGCUUUUUCAGCUUGCUGAAGGUUUCCCAGGGUGUUUGCUUUCGGUUGACCUGGAGGUGAUUUUUUGGCUUGUUUGUGUGCAUCACCAGCAAACCGAGCAGCUCCCUGUUUGCUGUGCCAUAGCGCUGAGAUGGAGCCCCGGUCCAGCAAAGCACGUAAGCUCCCGUUUUCUUUUGCCACCUCCUGCCUGGCUCCAAAAUCCCCUUAUUGCCUUGGCCACCGGCAUCAGGGAGCCGUCCGUCGCCAGCAUCUCCCCAUGUCCCCGCGUGCCAUGCCGGCAGUGGCCGGGGCGCUCCAGUGGCACCUGGGCAUGGAAGGAGGAGGAGGUAGGAGAUCUUUGCUCUUGCGUGGAGUUUGCUGACCGGAUACUAUAAUGGGAAACCCAUAUAGCCCUCACAGUGGUCUUCCUGCAGAGGUUAUAACACAGCAAAUCAUUGCUCAUGUUUUUUUUGGAGAGGAGAGGGUUCAGUUAGGUUUUGUUAACACAAAUUUGUCAAGUCCGUAAAAGCUGAAUUCAGCUCAUGGGUAUCUGUACACAUCCCUACAUUUUCAGGGAGGCUUAAACAUGAGCACUGAAGGCUCUGUUUGGAGAUAGGGCAUGAUUUAGGCAGGAGUUCUUAAUGGCUGUAACUUAUCGAGUCAUUUCAUGAAAAAAAAGAAAAUGCCUUUCUACACUAAGUUCACCACCUCUAUUUUAAGGAGCCAGUAAGCUGGUGUUUCCAUGAGAGCUGCAGCUACUUCUCAUAGCUCCUGUCUAUGGGAAUCGUGCUAUUCUUGCUAUGGCACAUUGCAGCGCCGUGGGGGGCAUGGCAGGGGGCAAGCUUCAUCUCUGGGGGAGGCCGACGGCCCCUCUCGGCCCCCCCAUGCCCGGGGGCUAUCCCGAGAGGACGCUGCACAUGUAGCAGGGGGCUGCGGUGCUGACACCAGUUUCAAAGGAGGGUGUGCACACCAUUUUUGUGUGGUUCAGCUCUAAGCAAACCAUACAAGACUGUCUUAUGGCACUUUUUUUAGGUGGCAGCUAUUUCUCUGACCCUCCAUGAAAGGGGUCGUUAAGAGAAGUGAUCCUGUCUGUCCCAUAUAGUGCAGCCUUCCAUGCCAAGAGUGAUGCUCUCCAGCAGUGCCUUCUGUCCACUAGUCCAGGAGCUCUCUAGUGUGGUGUCAGGAAAUCAAAAACUCGUACAUAUUGCCAGAUGGCUCCUGUGCAACAAAUGGCUUCUUCCUGCCCUUUGAAGCUCCUGUUUUUAAGUACAAAUCUUUUGUGAUGCUAAUAAAGAGAUAUACAAGUGGGAACUCUCCAGUAAGUCACCCCACAUGGACCGUGCUAGGGCUAAGGGCUGCUGCAAGUCUCAGCCCAGGUAUCGAGCACUCAGCUGGGGUCUGGGACACUGCGUGUGAGAUGCCACAAGGGUCUUGUUUUUCAGAAAGCCCUGGCUGCUCAUUCUGCCUGGAGCAGAAGCUGCCUCUUCGGCAUCGCUUGCUGGACACCCAAACUGGUGGUCGCUUUGUGAACUCUUGGUCAAGGCUGGGAUCGGCUGAGGGCAGGGGCUGUGGAGUGGUGGCCCCUCCUAGCAGUCCCGUGUGCUCAGGUGGGGUGGGAGAAGGGCAGCGAUGACCCUCAGCCAGCCUUGUCACUGCUGACGAAGUCCUAGAGGCAGAGCAGUGGGUGUAUUCUUGGGAGAAAUUCAGCCCUAGGAAAGCACUGUCUUACGGCCUAUUUAAACAGGGCUGUGAAUAUUGUCUGGGCCUCGUGCUGGCUUGCUGUGCAUGGGUGGGUUUUGCCUUUCGAGGAAUUAUUUUGCCUCCAUAGGGCACUUCUGAGUGCUCGCGCAAGGGUCCCUCUGCUCCAUGCCUACUGCAUGCCAUUUAUGUCAGGGGCGAUUGUGCCUGGUGUGUCCUGCAGAAUCUGCCUUGGUCUAAGUAAAUGCAGCCAGAUCCUGUCCGUGUCUCAAUCUGUUUUUCUUCAGCAGGACAAGAUGUGGACUCAUCGUUGUUCAUGAAUACCGGGUGUUUAAAGAAAACCAUAGUCUUGCUAUUAACUACUGACCCUAUUUUGAACACAGAAGGGUUUUUUUCUUAUAUGUGUAUAUAUAUAUGUAUAUACAGAUAUACAUAUAUAUGUAUAUGUCAGACUCUGUUACAGAAGGCAGUUGUACUUUUAAAGACAUGUGGCUUCAAGGAUCAAAGGAAAUUUAGGCUUAAAACUCACCAUCUUUGUUUAUUUUAUUUGCGUUGCAGAUCAAACAUGGCCUUAUAUGUCGAUUUGUGUGUGGCAUUUUUAAACUUUGUAUGGACAAUCUUUGUACUGUCAGCCCUUUUAAACUGAAAACUUUUAUCAGCCAUUUACAAAUAAAAAGUGUCAUGUCGUUUUCAA